UGUGAGCUGAUUUGGCCCAAUGUUGGAGGGCACUUAUCAGAUAGUUGUAAGCACCAGAUAGGGCAAAUUCAGUUUUUAGCUUUACAAAAUUUUUUACUAAGGACACCAGAAUAGGUCAAGGCUCUAAAUUCAAAUAUCAGCUAAUCCAGCUAAUUCCUCAGUCGCGAAUUCCAAAAGUAUGAGCAACAAGCGAUCGAUUGACUCUCGCCAUGGAUCCCCGAAUAAGCCAAACAUGCAAACCUCUGAUAAUGGAGGUUCCUGCAGUGGCUUUGGGUCCCUGAACUCUGAUAUCAUCCCCACACCCUACGAGUUGAUGCGACAAAGGAAUUGCAAAACGGAGAAAGUUAUGAAAGGGGAGCGGUAUCCCAGCAUUCGGCCUCCUGUGUCCAAAUGCAGUUACGAGCAGAGCAAAAACUAUCUUUACGAGUCUGUGGAUCAGGGCGGCUGCUUGGAUCCCAAUACUACGGAUCAGGACGCCCUCAGGAUCUGGAAAAUGAGCCCGCACAAGAGCACUCUCAAGUUCUAUGGCGUGGCUGAUGGACUUCACCUUCCAGAGGCUGAUAAAUUCAACAGGACUUUGACAACCAGUCUCAAACAUGCAAGCGGCUCCAGGAGACCCGCUCCAAAGCCACCUGUUCCACCAGUGCCAAUGAGACCGCCACAGCCCGCCGCCCCGUGCCAGCCCUACAUCCUCAACCGGAAGACCCUCAAGGAGGAGCUGCAGCGGAUGCCCAUUGCCCGCCAGAAACUCAAUCCCAAGGAGGCUUUCAGUAUGCUAUUCUGCGACAAGCGUCCGGAUCCGAUGGACCCUCUGGGAGUGGAGGCGGCAACUGAUAAAAUGGUUAGCCUUAGAGAAGCUCUGGAUAUGGCGAAACCGGAGAAACCUCCAAAGCACGGCCUGCGACGUAAGCACUGGUACUGCCCCUCCAAGUGUGGUGAGCCGGAAAACAAGUGCACUGCAUUUGAGUGGGCACAGUACAAGCUGAACCCGCGACCCUACGACCAAGCCUUCCUCAAGUGGUUCCUGGAUCAGAAACUGCCACUAGAGCGAGAGCCGCACGACUACGAUGAGCUGUAUAAGCGGUUCCAAGGAUGCUUCGAGGUGAAACGCCAACCAGAUCCCGACUGCGUUGCCAUGACCAAGUGUUGUCCGGAUAUGAUCAAGGAAGUGCAAGACGAAUGUGGAGUUGAAGUCGGAGUUGGAGAAGGUGGCGGAGGGGGAGGUGCAGGUGGAGGUGGAGGAGGACCCGGCAGUGGCAGUGGAGGCGGCGCACAGAAGGAAGGAGGCGAUAAUGGCGGUACUGGGGGUAAAGGCCAACCGGGUUCUGGUCACGGUCCUGAAAGAUCUCAGCAAGCCAAGGACAAGGAAAAAGAAAAGGGACAGACAAGCGGCGAUAAGGAAGAUGCAGGAAAGGAUAAAAGUAAGGACACGGCAAAAGAUAAAGACAAGAAUAAGGAAAAGGAUACGGGUAAGGACACGGGUGGCAAUAUACCAAAGGAGGACAAAGAAAAGGAUAAGGACAAGGAUAAGGGCAAGGAUAAAGACAAGGACACAGACGCGGAGAAAGGCAAAGAUAAAGGUAAGGAUAAAGGCAAGGGCAAAGGGAAGGAUAAGAACGAGGAUGAGGACCAGAAACAUAAGAAGCACAAUCCAGCUGAUCCUGAUCAGGAGAGGUCAAUGAAGCCCACCAAACCUCCUAAGCAACCGAAGCCGCCGCUCGAAAGCACAACCGAUACGUCCACUCGCAACAUUUCCUCCUUUGAUAUGGAAGAUUCAGACGAAAUACCGAUCCGGGAAGAAAUUGUCGAGGUGGAAGAAAAUGAACCAGCUAAAGCGGCAGAGGAACCCAAGCCGAAGCCACCACCAACUGGGAAGCCGCCCAAAAAGAAGCCGCCAAGCAAGAAACCACCAUUCCUCAAACCCAUAGAGAAACCACCCAAGGAAAAGCCCGAAAAGGUCGAAGAGAAGGAAGACAACGAGACCUGUCCACCUUGUCCUCCAGUGGGCUGCGCGUGCUCCAUUUGCGACUGCCUCUAUGGCAAUAAGAUUCCCAUUUCCACGACGAUGCAAUCGAUUAUGGCCGAGGAAAAGGUUCGCGAAAAGAGGGAGUACCUCCGGCGGAUGCGGCACCGGGAGUACAUGGAGUGCACUGCUGAAAAGUCCCUAGUCCCGCAGCACAAGGUAGAUUCCAUCAGCUGCGACAACUGCUUCUGCCGAAACCCCAAGAUAGCCGAGUACUGUGAGUGCUUGGCAGCUCUUCAUCACUUGCAGCGGCUCCUUGGAAAGGAACGCCACAGGAUCGUCAACAACGAGCUCAUCUUCAACCUCGACGAUCUCCGCCAGCGAAUCACCGAGCGUAUGUGCAAGUGCCUUUGAGAACUGUGUUUUGGUCAGUAUAGUCAGUGUAAUUGGCUUGUCAGUGUAGUUUUCAAAAUUUGACGAUUGAGUAAUAAAUAUUCAAACUGA